UGUUGAGGUGUUAUGUAGUCAGAGUGGGGAAUCUUGCAAAGUUGCGUUUUGAAAUGCAACUUUUUAAAAAUGUGCUUCAUUUUGCUUCACAGAUGGAGAGCCCCGUCUUCCCAAUGGUAGGAGAAUUAAUCUUGAAUGUCCAGCUUGUCUUUUAAAUCCAAUAAAAGACAAGCUUGUGUAGGCUUGUGGUGCAAUGCUCUGCAAAGUUACCUACUGAUUCUGAUACCUACUCACAGCGACUGACCGCCUGCAUUCUCCCCUGAGAAAUAUAAUUGAACCGUAAAUUGUUGAGCAGAAACAGUAAAGACAAAGUGAGACUUUAAUGUUUCAGUUUUUUACUAGUUUUCUUUCUCCAGCAGGCAGAGUGAGGGGGAAGCCUGCUGCUGCUGAUGUUGUGUCAUUCAUUUCCUCUAAUGGUGCCACUGAUUUCUGAUCUUAUCCAGCUGAGCAAAGAUCUAAAACUCAACCGCUGUCUUCUUCUGCUCUGCAGUGAGAGGUUUGACUGACAGACCGGCCCACCAGGUCAGGUCUGUGCAUUUGCAGUUAACAAUAUUCACCCCACUGUUGCCAACACAGCGACUUUCUUUCUGCGUUUAGCGACAUUUCAGACAAAACAGAAAUGGAAUUCCGUAGUCCCCGUCUCUGCAGAUUCUCAACCCGUCAAACGGAGGACGUCAUGGUUCACUUUCCUAUAUGAUCAGAUUGGAUGAUAUUUUACCGCAGAACAUCUAGCAGCCCUGCAUGUGAUCAAACCAGAUGUGAAACUCUCUGUUUGCUGCAACAAGCAACCCUCAACCACCAGAUCGACUCGACACCUCAGUCAGUGAUCAGUAUCUGUUUAAGAAAGUUCAACAUGAAGUGGAUUACUCUUUAUCUCCUAACACUCUGCUUCCCUACAACCAGAGCUCACUGUAAACCUGAGAAUGUUAGUGAUGAGUGUAUAAAAGAAAAUCCUGUAAUGUGGACCAGGUGCUAUGACGUUAAAAUUAUGGAGUGCAAACCACGGGGUCGAGCCACAGGGUUUGUUAAUGUCGACACCGACCCAUCAGUCCAGGCUGAGUUAGGCCCCACAUCCAAGCACGAAGUUCGAAUCCCAUCAUCAGCUCUUCAGAGAAUCAGAAGAACACCAUCGGAGGAAACUGUCCAGGUGGUUGCCUCUGUGAUCAACAGCACAUUCUUUCAGAAAACUCCUCGGAGCACAGGAAGAAGCAUAAUUCCCCAGCCGACUGUCAGAGUAGAGGGAACUGUUUUAGGAGGGCUGGUCCUGUUUGUGAAAGCUGGAAAGCAGUCAGUCAACAAUCUUACUGAGCCUAUCCAGUUAAUCUUCAAACACAAUAAAACGGAGAACAGUGGAACAUGUGUGUUUUGGCAGGAGGAUAAAACAGAGUGGAGAACUGAAGGCUGUUAUACCACUAAGACUGAAGAUGAAUUUAUCUGCAGCUGUGAUCAUCUGAGCUUUUUUGCUGUGCUUGUGAACCCAGAAGUGAAGGUGGAUGAAGAUCAUGCUAAGGCUCUCAGCUACAUCACCUACGUUGGAUCGGUGCUCUCUGCCUUCUUUGCUUUCAUCAGCCUGUUCAUCUAUGUUGGUCUGCAUCGACGGCGUUCGGAGAAGGCCCUCAGCAUCCACAUGCAGCUAACGGGGGCGUUGUUGUGCCUCCACCUCGGCUUCCUGACUGGCAGUUUCUGGACUUUUCUGCUAGAUGAGAACAAGUACAGCUGGGUUUGUGGAGGUCUGGGCCUCUUCCUGCACUGGUCUCUGCUGGCCACCGUCACCUGGGUGGCUGUGGAAGGAUUCCACCUUUACCUUCUCCUCAUCCGGGUCUUUAACGUCUACGUCAGAAGAUACCUGCUCAAACUCUGCCUGGUGGGAUGGGGUUUUCCUACUCUUGUUGUGGCAAUUUGUGGGCCUUUAGGUGUCUAUGGCAGAUACACUCUGAAAACGAGGGAUUCCAACAACCAAACAUCAGAAAUAUGCUGGAUGAAUAGUGACAUCCCACAGACAAAGUUGGUCACAUACAUCACCGUGGCUUUUCUUUUCCUGGUGGUGCUGUAUAAUACCUGCAUGCUGUUGCUGGUGGUGUUUAAAAUGUGGGAGUUACGACGUGGCAGACGAGACCAUGAGUCCAGCAACUGGAAGAAGAUGAGCAAGGAGAACAAGUCCAGGUUAUGGAAGGACGGCGCCACAGUUCUCGGCCUCAGCUGUGUACUGGGGUUACCAUGGGGACUAGCCAGCCUCACCUAUGUUAACUUACCUGGAAUCUACUUGUUCACCAUCUUUAACUCUCUGCAAGGUCUAUUGAUCUUCCUGUGGUCAGUGGCUUUAUCAUGCAAGUCUCGAUCAGAAAACAACUCUUCAGUCCGAGAUCCUUCCACCCAGAAAAUGAUGACAACCAGCUUCAAUAACUGAAUCACUGAUUUCCGCCUAUAUUAGGUGUUGACUGACUAGUGGAUUUCUUUUAUAUGCAUUAUAUUGCAUACAAUUACUCUUUUUGCUAAUGUUAGACUUUUCUAUAAGAUUUAUUUUAAAAGACAGUGCUACAGAAAUAUUAUGUUCUUUGCAUUUAUUUAUUGUUCAGUUUUUAUGUUUAUUAAAUGCAUCAGGAUAUAAAACCUGAUAUCCACCAUAUUGGUUGGACAUCUAUGUCCAUCCAAAGUUUUUCAGUUUAACUGAUAGAUUGAUUUACCCAACCAAACUGUUGGACAGCUGGGGUUUGACUUCUGUGUGGGUGUUUGUUCAGUUCCCACAGUCAUCCACCAGAGGGAGCCAAGAGGUCACUGCUUAAAGGGGAACCUGCUAAGCUAAUUACAAGGACCUGGAAAUUCUCUGCUGCAUCAGCCAAAGCUUAUAAGGAGCGAAAUUGCCAGUCCUCUGAUGCCUGAGUCUUAGCUUUACAUCGUACUCUGGGCCUCCCAAUGUUUGGUCUUUUUAUGUUCCCUGAGUUUUUUUGAUUUUUUUUGUGACUUAAUUUAUGAUCUCCUAGAAAAGCGUCCUAUGCAGCGCUGUGGAUUCUAGUGAUGGUGAGAUGAAACUUCCUGAAGCCCUGAGGCACCACGGUGCUUCAUUUGAUCUGCUGCGACAUCAACUGGACAAUAUGUGUAAAAUCAGCAAAGUGAAAACAACUUGAAGCCUUGCAACAGAGAAACAAGAAAAUUAUGUUUAUGUUUCUGAUACAUAAAUUAUGAUUAUAGUCUUAAUCUGUUCAUAUGAAACAAUGGCUGGAUGAAAAAAAAAACUGGAAACAAUUGGGGGGAGAUAGUUGUGAUCAAUUUGUUACUCUUACCAAGCUAUGUCACUAGGGACAAAAUUACAUUAUUUAUUAUAUUAUUAUAAAAAAAUUAAACUUUGCUUGGAUUUAUGUGA